AUGGCAGGAGCCAGUCCCACUCCAGGGCUCCUGUUCGUAAGGAUGAACCCACACGACAAUUUAUCUCCCGAAGAAUUUCAUGACUGGUACAACAAUGAACACGGCCCUAUGCGGCUCCGACUAGAUUCAAUUGAAAAUGGCUACAGAUUCCGGGCACUCGAUGUUGCUGAAACGAAAUUCUCCAGGUAUGAGACAAGUGAUACCGAGACGACGGAAAGAAAGGUGGCCCAGUCAAGUCUUCCGACACCCAGCAAAAACAAGGCCGAAUGGCUUGCAGUAUACGACAUCGAUGACAUGGCAAAUCUUCAGAAGGAUUCUUAUCUUCGAUUAAGAUCUCCUCCUUGGAAGUCUCAACGCGAGAUUUCCGUGAUGUCACGAAUCGAUGUAGAUCGCCGACUGUACGACCAGAUUUACACUUCAAGUGUCUCCAAAUAUCAGCCAUUGGACUCACUACCAGAAGUUAAGGAGAACUCGAAUAUCCUCAUCGUUGCAUCCCGAACAUUGCCGGUCACUGAUGUCCCCAAGUUGGUGAAAUGGUACAGUGACCAACGACUCCCUGUUCUCAAGAAGGAGCAAAGCUGGAAGCGUACCCGCUUGUUCAGUACCCAUGACGAGGGGAGUCAAGGAGCAACAAUUGAGGUUAUAGUGAUGCACGAAUUUGCAGCUGAACAAGCUCAAAAUGAUCUCGAAGCCGCCGCUAAAACAAUCACAUCUGCUGACCAGGACUGGGCUGGAAAUCAAGGUCAAGAUGCCGAUAUCAGACCUUAUGAACUUCAUUAUGUUUUUGGUCCUGGUCCAAGACAUUUGACCGCAAAUGCACCAAAAUACGAUCAUGAAGUGGCUGGUACGAGAACGACAGGGGCAAGCCUCAAUGGAGGACGGUCAACAGUGCAUUCACAAAUAACAACGGAAGACGGAGUUUCACUACCAUACCUGCUGGAGGGAUCCGUUCAUCCCGAAGCUCCCCUCAUUGUCCUAUCCAAUUCUGUUCUCGUGGACUGGCACAUCUGGGAUGACUUUGUGGAUGAUUUCCUCUCGCGUUCAGAAAGCCAACGAUAUCGCAUAUUACGGUACGAGACCCGUGGCAGGACCAAAAAUUGUGGUAGUCAACCCAUCACCGUGGACUCAUUAGCCAAGGACAUCUUGACGUUACUCAAUCACCUCAGGGUCGAAAAAGCUGCGGCAGUCAUUGGCGUGAGUCUAGGAGGAGCAACUGUUCUCAACUUUGCUCUCAAAUAUCCAUCAAGAUUAGAAAACGUCGUAUCUUGUGAUACUAAUUCUAGCAGCCCUCCUGGGAACGACAAGCUAUGGCUGGAUAGAAUUGCGGUAGCAGAGAAGGAGAACGCGACCAGAACUCCGACUGGGGAAAACAUCAUUGGUGAAGAAUUAGGAGAGUUGACUGUUCGAAGGUGGGCGGUUGCGGAAAGCUAUGAUGGUGGUCAACUUGAGGGUAAGGUGCAGAAGGUGAAAGAAUCGGUCAUUAGCAACAGCUUGCAUGGGUUCAAGAACGUCGUCAAAGCUCUCUGGGACUAUGAUUUGAGACCAGAGAUGAAAACGGCGACAGUACGUGCGCUUUUCGUGGUUGGUGCUGGAGACGGAAAGCUUCCAACAUCAAUGGCAGCUAUGGCCCAGGACUAUGGAAACGGUGCUGGCUUUCAUCAAAUCGAAGGUGCUGGGCAUUUACCGAUGGUCGAGAAACCUCAAGAGUUCUCCUCCGUGGUGACUGAAUUUCUAUCUAGAUCAUAA